AUGGCCCGGCCCCGGCCCUGGCCCGCGCACCCCGGACGCCUCGGGCCCGCUCCACAGCGGCGGCCAGGGCUUCCGCCGCCAUCUUCCCAGCCAGCCGGCCCGCCCGGCCGCGCCGUGCGCCUGCGCGGCCUCGCUCCGCCCCCCUGUGGGCGGGGUCCGGAGCGAAGCUCCCUCAUUGGACCAGAGGCGCGGGCUCGGUUCCCGGGGGCGGGAUUCAGCCGCUCACCACCCUCAAGCGGUGACAGCGACGGCGGCUCGGGCGGGUCAGCGGCAGGCGCGGGCCGGGUCAGGGCGCGCCUCGCCGUCGCGGCUCCCACGCAGGGCGGAGAGGGGUCGGGCCUCGCCUCUGGGAGCUCUGUCUGGGGUCCGCGCGGCUCCCGGGGCUCUCUCCCCCGGCGCUCCACGCACAGUCCUGCCCAUCCGUCUCCUCGAGGCCUGCAGCGCCAGCUGGUACAGAGUAGCCACAGUGACACCGCGGCCCCAGCUGUGGAUGCACUCUCCCCACUGCCCAGCCUGCUGACAUCUGCAACCACAGAGGCUCUGCCCCUCCUGCCCCCUCCCCACCUCUGGCUGUUUGCUAGCAGCGGCUCCUCCGCCGAGGAUCAGUGCGGGAAGCCCGUGGAUUUCCCCCUGGGGGGCACGUGGACAGUUACAGACCACAAGUGCCACGAGCUGUGCUGUGCAGGGGCUGCUCAGGGCCAGUGUCCCCCACCAGAAGGUGGCGGAGGUGAGGCUGGCCUGCCGGGGUCUCUGGCCAGCCGCCCGGGGUGCCUGGCCAGCCCCCCGCGCUCCCUACGGCCACCGCCCUCUGUCGGGCGGCGGGCGGAGUUGGGGUCCGGGCGGGAGCACCCCGCCCCGCCCCGCCGGCGCGUCCGGCUCCGCCUCCCUGGAAGACUAUUUAGCCCCGAGGUGCUGGGGCUCCGGCCCCAGCAGGGCUCCGACCGCCAGCUGACCGAGGAGGUUCACGCGCCACCGACCCUCGCCGACCCACCGGCGCCAGCCCGCGCGCCCCGAGGUGCGGACGGAAGCGGUGGCUCAGCCUAG